CUGCCAUAUUCUGGCGAAGGAGCAGCUUAUCACAAGGCUUACCAAUGGGGCUCAUGGUCAGCCAUACCUAUAACUUGUUCUGUUACCUGCGGCCGUGGACUGCGAUGUCGCGUACGUAAAUGUCUGGAUGGUUAUGGCCGAGAGGCGCCAGAUACACGUCGAUGUCAGAACCCAGAAGACUUUAUGUCCAAGGCUGAGAUGUGUACCGUGUGUGAGGUGCGCGCUAAGUGUCCUACUCUACCGAAUUGGGGAGCUUGGAGCCCAUGGAGCUCGUGCAUCCCUAAAGAGACUAGAGACAAACGACCAGAAGAGCGCUGUUUGGAGGGCCUAAGGGUUCGAAAUCGGUUGUGCAACAACCCACCGCCGGAACCACCACCCUACGGAGUGCCGUGUAGCGGUUCGGCUAAUCAAACGAUGGAGUGUCGUCAUAAUUGUGAUGAUAGACCAGUGUUCGAGCCAAAUGAUAUAGUAAAACAAAUCCAACUGCGAGUCGAAAUGGACCAUCGUAAGGGUCUACAAUCAUUCAGACAGGUGAGGCGAGUGAAAGUUGGUCAGUCCGUUCGCAUGAGUUGUGCGACACCUGCCUUCAAACUAGCCAAGAAGUUAAUUGUCACCGAGAGGUUUGCACCGGAAAAAAGAGGAAUGGAAGGCAGUGAAUUAGAGGUACGUUGGUACAAAAAUGGUAUCCCAUUAGAAACUGAAGACGAUGAAGUGGAGGCAAAUAAAAUUCGAAAGAAGCCUAAACGCAUAGCUGCGACGGAAGUUCACGAAUUGCUCCAUGAACAAUUACGAUGGGAAUCGCUGCUGCCAUCGACGGUUCCUAGAUUGCACGACUUUGGCCUCGAGUUUACCAGCAUAAGGGAAGGUGACCAAGGAUUGUAUACGUGCGAGAUCCAUUACGCUCGCUACAGGUGGAUGACAAUCUUCUACAGUCUGACAGUUAGAGGGGUGCGCUAUGUAUCACAAGGCACAGACCCGUUCUACCUACACUCGAACUUGGGGGUGACAAACGCACUGAGUACAGCGUCUGUGUGGCUCGAGGCAGCACAAAUAGUGUGGAAGCUUAACGGACGAGUUCGGCUUCGUGGACUUAUUUCGAGACCCACAAGGCGCAUACAACUCUUAGAAAAAUUAAACCGCACUCAAGGUGGGACCUGGCAAUGCUUUCUGGUUAUUCCAGCAGCUGGACCGUCUUCUAGAGUGAGCAAACCGGCAAUUCGCGUGUCCGGAACGUAUCUCAUUAACGAAUUUGAGUUGAGGGUUGAUCCACCUCAAGAUCACCUGUGGCACAUAGCGCAGAAUCCGGCAAGCAUUCGAAUUCUACGAAACAUUGUUGUUACAUUAGGAAUUAUGUGCCUAUUUCUAUUUUGGUUUCUACUGCUUACUAUAUGGGCAGCGAAGCGUUGGGUCGGACGAAGUCUGACGGUGUUACAGAAAAAAACAGUCGUGCAGGAAAUUCUAGAUAAUGAAAGUCGUCUCUUACUGACGUGUAGAAAACGAGCGACAAUCAAUCGAGAACGCCUGAUGCCAUUUCUGACACACGAACAUGAGCGACUUACACGUGCAGCCGCACAUCUAAAUGAACGGUUUGUCCCAUCACUCGGAGACGAAGAGCUAGAGUCGGAGGAAAAUGAUAAGGGACACGGAACUAUUGGAAGCAUGUUUGGCCGUGGUAUUAGCAGAGUGUCGACAAUGUUGAGAGGAGUGGGUUCAAUUCGUUUAUUUGGAAGUCAAAAAGGGAGUAUCUAUAAGCGGCGUGAAUCACAAAAAUCCACGGGUGAGCUAUCAAUGACGAAUCGAGUGGAGAUACUAAAAGGACUGUUUGGAGGUCAAGCAGAUGGGGAACAAGCCACACGCAAUUCGGUCGGUGAGGUGAAGAAAGCUAAUAUCAAAAACAUGUUUUCCUUGAUGGGUGCGCAAAAACGGCCAGUGAGAAGAGGAACAGCCAUGGUACCUACAUUCAAAAUGGGGGAAGAAGACCACGACACCAUGGUGACAGCGGGAAAGUAA